AUGCCCAAGACGACGUUCCUGGACUCGAUCCUCGGGCGCCCGUCACAGACGUAUGCGCCCGAUGCGCCGUCCGGCAGCGACGCGGAGCGCGUCGCGUCGGACGUGAGUCCUAAAAAGGUACUGACGGCCUCGAGUUUGGCCAACCCACUGACGAGCCCGCGCGGCAAGUCGCACCUUGCACGGGGUUCAAUCGAUGAGCAGAGCGAUACCAUGAGUGCCUCGACCUCGCUGCGGUCGCGCCUGGGCCGUAAACGAAGCAAACCCCGCGUGCGCGACGUGUCGGACAGCGCACUGCAGGUGCCCGACGCAAGCUCGCCGAAUACCUUUUCCUCCUGGUGGGAAAACCGCAGCAUGAUGCGCCCAGGGCCGGGUAGCCUCUUUAGUGAGCCGGGCGAAUCCUUCUCAGAACGCUGGCGCCGCGACUUUGCGCAGCCGCCUCGGGGGGCACGCAGCGAAUUGGAAGGGCCCUCGUCGGCAUCAUCAAGCCCGGCUCCGCCGGCUCCACCGUUCCCUAAUUCAUUCAAGAAAAGCGAGCCGGCCGUCGCGCCGCUUGGCCAGUCCACGCCGUCGCUCCUCGCCCCGGUUCAUAAGCGCUCGCAGUCCAAGAGCGAACAGAGCACGCCGCCCAAGCGGUCGUCGAAUGUGCCGUCGCCCGCGCUCGCUCACUCGGAACAUAUGACAUCGCCGACCGUCACACGGACGCGUGACUCGGGUCAGUGGUACGAGUUCGUGCGCAGCUUGGAGCAGCGCGACGCCGCGCGGCGCGCCAAGGACACAGACUCGCGUGCCGAGCCUAGCGCACCCCAAACCGAGACGCGCCCCAAGCCGAGCACGGAAACGAACACGGCGCAGGAACGCGAGCCAGAAGGCGACGUGUCCGAAAUGGGAUACGCUGUAUCGAUGGACGCGUCGGUCAGCUCGAUCCCAGACCUGGCACCGCCGAUCGACGCCAAGUUGCCUUACUUCUCUGUAUUCCCGCCGGUUGCAAACAAGGGUGCCGAACGCCUCGCUGCGGUGUCGGAGGAGGACGAAAACGCGUCGCGCAUCGGCAUCGCUUUUUCGGACCCGAUGCCGGAGAAGCCCAAGACUCCGGCACCGGCGAGCGACGUCAAGACAUCCACUACGUCGGCACCGACAAGCGAGGCCAAGACGACCCCCACGCCGGGAACGAUGAGCGUUGCGUCGCUGCCGCGCUCGCCGAUCGGCAUGCUUGCGCCGCCGGUCAUGUCGCCGAGCGCAAGUCUGCCGGGCCUUGCACCGCCGCUGCUCGACGCGAGUCCCUCGCAGGAGCCCAAGGCAAGUGCGCCGCGUGUCGAACGUGCAGAGCCGGUUCCGGCGCGCGUUCAACGCACCGAGACGGCCCCUGUGCGUGUCGAGCGCACCGAGCCGGUUCCUCCGCGUGUCGAACGCGCUGGACCGCCGCCACAGGCAUGGGCGCGGCCGGCCCAGGCUCCGCAGCCCCAGCCGGUCCAGGCUACACAGCCCAAGCCGGCCGCAACGCUGGCCCCGGCGCCCGCACCCGCGCCUGCGCCCGUCGCGCCCAUCGCGCCGCCGAUCAUUGCGCCGCCGACCCCCGCCAAGCCGCGUACACAAAAGACGUACCCUACGCCGCAGCCCGAGGGCGGCCUGUUCCAAGAAGGCGCCAAGGCCCCCAAGGCGACGCUCGACGAGCCCGUGGCGGACCCCGACCUUUUGCGCUUGUCCUGGUCGCCUGCGUUGUACUAUGCGCAGGAAGGCGAGGGCCUGUCUGCCGCCGCGCCCGAGCCGUCCGACGCGCUUGCCCCGUCGCCGAUGCUUCACGACGGUGCCACAUCGAACGCGAGCAACUUUGUCUCGGCGCUCGACAAGCACGACGACGGCGCGACGUCGACGGCAGGUAACUUUGUCUCGGCAUUCGACCGGUAUGAGGAGUCCAAGCCUGCUCCGAGCGUGACGAGCAGCACGUCGCCGUCCAAGCUGCGUGGCCUGAAGCAGCCCGCGUCGUAUGCGCCGCAGCGUGCCGAGGCGACCACGAGCCAGGGCCUGUCGCACGGCACGAGCAAAGGCCUCGGCGCGAAAUACAAGAGCCCGCUGAACAACUGGCCCCAGCAGCCCGAGCGCCUCGGCUCGCCGCGUCAGGUCAAGCCCACGCCUGUGCGUGCGCCCACCCAGCCGAGCGCGCGCCCAGUGACGAGUGCGACGCGCCUCGUCUCUGCGCCUCAGCCCGAGCGGACGCUUGCGCCGUUCAUGACGCGCAACGCGUCGGGCCCCAGCCGUGCCGCCCAACGCAUGUCGGCCAUCUCGAUCGCCGACUCUGAUAUCCUGGACCUGGACCCGAAUAAUGCGCCGUGGACCAUGACGAGCGAGGUCGGCCACUAUGACCGCUCGGAACUCCACGGCACCGACCUGAACACGCCAGAAAUGACGCCGCGUGCGCCGGGCCGCGACCUGGCGACGCCGGCUCCUGCCAAGGCACCGGAUACGCCGCACGCGUAUGCCGCCUCGAACACGCCUGCGGCGACGCCGGGCCGCAGCGUCCUCGACCGCCCCCGCAACCGCGGUCCCCGCCCGACCGAGAUGGGCGGCAUUGCGAUCGCACACGGCUCGCUGCCUGCGCAGAGCCCCGGGCCCCGCCAGCUGCGCAGCACGUCGGACAGCGCGCGUUUCCCCCCGGUUCCGCCGCUGCCCGCGAGCCGCUUUGCCUCGGCGAGCCACGCGCUGGCCGCGCGCGAGGAGGACACGUCGACCGACUCGGUGACGUACGUCGAUGCGCCGGCGGCCGGCGGCGACCCUCUUGCGUUCCAAUUCAACGACGUGCCCGAGCUCCCUGCCUCGCGCUCGCUCGCCGACACGCUCUUUGCUUAUAAGAACGAGCCCAAGAACGAGCCCAAGGUCGAGCCCAAGGUCGAGGAGGAGCCGAUCCUGCAACGCAACCCCUCGAGCUCGUCGUCGACGCGCUACAAGGUGACGCCCGCCGACCCCUUGCCGGUGUGGAACCCCGAACUGGCGGAGAAGGCGGCGGCGGCGCGUGCGCAGCCCGAGGCCACGCAGGCCACGCAAGUCGCGCAGGCCGCGCAGGCCGCGCCGGAAGCCGAAGAAAUGCCGCGCCUCGCGUACCUCCAGACAACGCCAAGCAAGGGCUCCAUCAGCCCGUACGCCGCGCAGGAGCUCGCCACGGCGCCGGCCCAGAUGUCUUCCACGCCGGUCAUGCACCCGGCCUCGUACGUCGAGGGUGUGGCGGAGAGCGAAAAGGCGCUGCCAUCGACGCCGGACCGCGCCGCGGCCGCUGCGCCGCGCCAGGUCCUGCUUGAGAUCAACGGCGAGGUGCUCGAGUACGAGCCGAGCGAGAGCAGCAUUGCUCCGUCGGCCGCUCAGACUCCGGCACGGUCGCCGGCCCAGCCGGUGUAUGCACAGCGCCCGCCGGCAAACUACUCGCCGGCACGCCCUGUCGGUCCCCCCGGAUCGCCGCCGGUGCACCCUGCGCCAGCAGGCUACUCGCCCGCACGCCCGUCCGCAGGAAUGCAGGGUCCGCCGAUGCAGCGGCCACCGAUGCAGCGGCCACCGAUGCAGCGCCCGCCUAUGCAGCGUCCUCCGAUGCAACGCCCGCCCAUGCAGCGCCCGCCCAUGCAACGCCCGCCGAAGUCGCCUUCGAUGCCAUCGCAGAUGCAGGGAUACGGCCCCGGCUUUGCGUCGCCCCAGGGUCCGCAGGGUCCGCAGGGUCCCGGCAUUGCAUCGCCGCGAGGAUACGUGCGUCCCUACGGCCGUCCCCCGCCCGGCGUGCGUCCCCCGCCGACGCAAGCGCCGCAGGGAUACGCGUCGCAACCGCCUCAGGGAUACACACAGGCUCCCCAGGGAUAUACGCAGGGCCCGCAGGGCUAUGCGCCGCCUCCUCAGGGUUACACGCAGCCUCCUCAAGGCUACGCGCCGCCCCAGGCCCCGCAGGGCUAUACUUCGCCGCAGUCGCAAGGCUAUGCGCAGCCGCACGCCCCUCAGGGCUCUGCAUCGUCGCCGCAGCCGCAAGGCUACGCUCCGCACGCCUCGCCGCAGGCGCCUCAAGGCUUUGCCCCCCCCGCGCCCGCCUAUGGCUCGAUGGGCCCCGGCAGCGCGCCGACGUCGCCGUACGCGCCGCGCCCUCCGUACCCCCGCCCCCAAGCCUACCCUCAAGGCUACGCGCGGCCCCCGCCCCGCCCUCGCCCCGACUAUGCACCUGCUCCCGAUAUGCAGCAGCGUGCGGGGCGGGCGCCGGUGCGUCACGCCCCCCCUCGUGCGCAGAUGGUGCUACCCCCGGGCGAGCGCAGCACGUCGCGCCCCUCGUCGCCGCUGGAAGACAUGCCUCAAAUCGGAGGCAUGCGCCGUAUUUCGUCGACGCCCGACGUUGCGCUCGGCGGACGUAUGCACCGCAGUUCGCCCACUCUCGCGCAGAUCGAGAGUGGCGAGUACGCGAGCCCCCCCGGGUCGGUCGGCGGCCAGUCAAACUGGUACGAUGCUCGUGGCCGCCUGACCGAGUCGCGUAUGCGCCACAGCCCCGACGUCGACGCACAAAGCACCGUCACGACGCUGCGGCAAUACGCAGGCUCGCCCCUCGGUACGCGUGAGCCGUCACUCGUGGCGAGCACCUCGGUGCUGAACCCCUCGACUGCGUCGGUGAUGAAAAAGGCGCCGCUCGGUGCGUCGACGAACCAGGUCCUGGGCCUGUCAUCCGAGACGGAGAGCGUAAUGAGCCCCCCCAGCAUCUCUUCGUCGGUGAGCCGCACGCGUAUUUCGACCAAGGAUCUGCUGCGCAGCCGCCCGACCAUGGUCACGGUGAAUGUCACGAGCGGUGGCCCCCCGCCCUCUGGCAGUGCGCUGCGCCGCAAGCUGUCGACCGCCUCGAGCGACGCCGGCCGCCGGCGCCGCGGCUCCGAGGCCGGCUCAGACCAGCCCGUGCAGUCGACGGUCGCGCUCUCGUCGCACACCGCGCCUCCCCGCAAGAUCAGUCCGACGCAGGUUUUGGUGCAGAUUAUUGCGGUGGCCAUCGACAAUAUCGACCGUGCGUUGCUUCGUGAGCGUGCCGCGACCGACCCCAGCACGCCCUUUGUUCCUGGCCGCAGUUUCUGUGGCCGUGUGGUCGAGAGCGGCUGGGACGUGAAGAAGAUCCGCAAAGGCGAUACUGUCUUUGGUCUACAGGACUACCGCAAGUGCGGUGCGCUGGCUGAGUUUAUGAGCAUCGACCAGGACCUGGUGGCCCGUGCCCCCGAAGGCCGGCUGAGCGCCGAGCAGAUUGCCGCGCUGCCGAGCACGGGUGUGAUGGUGCACCAGAUCGUGCAGAACCACUGCAUGAUGCUUCCGCGUGGUUCGCGUGUGCUGAUCCUCAACGCCCACGACAGCAUCGGUCUCUUGGCGAUGCAAGAGGCGUCACGCUUGGGCUUGAUUAUUAUCGCCCAUGUGCCGGUGCACGCCGCCGACGGCGUGUCGAUCUGUGAGGCCAACGGCGCGACCGAGGUGAUUACCGGCGACGCGCUCUGGGCCAUCAACCUCUUGCACGAGUCGAGCUUCAACUUGAUCGUCGACACGGUCGGCGGCCGCCAGAUCUACGACGCGUGCCGCCGCAUCCUCGCGCACCAAGGGCAGUUUGUGACGUGCUUUGGUGACGACCAAGCACUCCCGACGCCGACAUACCGCUCGCAUCUGCGCUCGCUCCGCCGCUCCUUCUUCCGCAAGGACCGCAAGGGAAUCGGCUACGAGUGGAUCGGCAUCGACGCGGGGCCGGAUUGCCGUAUCGCGCUCGAGUCGGUCAAGACGGCCGCCCAGCGCGGCGCAAUCUGCCCUCGCAUCCAGUCGAUCCUCCCGCUCGAAGACGCAGCGCGCGCGCUCGAGGACGACGGCGAAGCGGACAAGACCGCCGGCGUCGUGGUCGUUCGACCGCUUGCGUCGCAGACCGGCGUAUGGAUUGGAGUCCAGUGGGACCAGCCGGGGCGGGGGAAGCACGACGGCGUGGCGCCGGACGGGACACGCUACUUUGACGCGCCACCCAACAGCAGCGCGUUCCUGCGCGAAUCGGCGCGCAUCGAGUGGGGCGUGCCGUUCCUCGAUGCAUUGCACGAAAAGUAUGAGGGGCGGGUUCAUAGCGUCGUGAGUCUCACGGGCGCGCCGCCUCCGCCCGCCCUCGCCGAUCCUUCGGCAGUAUACGUGGCCGAGGCAAGCGACCCGGAAAGGGUUCGCGAAGAGUGCGCACACGUCACAUCGCUUGACUUGUCGCGCUCUCUGAUCUCGUCCUGGGAUGAGCUCACACGCAUCACCGACGAGCUCGCACUCGAAACGCUGGUGCUGCACUAUACGCGCUUCGCGCCGCCGACGCGUCCUUUUUCGCUCGCGACGCUGCGUGACUUGCAGAUGGACGCCACGGGGGUGUCCUGGAACGAGGUACGUUGCACGGCUCACCAGAUCGUAAAGCUGGGCAGGCACAUGCCGCAGCUCGCGUCGCUGCGUUUGGCGCAUAAUGGCCUGUCGACACUCGGCGAGACGCCCACAGGCACGUUUCAGGCGCUAGAGACUCUGAAUCUACAAGGAAACGCGCUCGGCGAUUUUGUCGAGAUCGUGAAAUCCCUACAUACCCUGCCGCGGCUCGCACACCUCGUCCUCUUGGACAAUGCCAUCGCACAUAUUCCGCCGUCCGAUACUCGAUUUCCGGCGCUGCACUCCAUCAGCUUGCAGGGCAAUCCUAUCCGCGACUGGGCAUCUCUCGAGGCACUCGAAGCACUUCUCGUCGCACCAUGGUCCUUGCAGCUGGGCCAUGCGAUGAUCGCACCGGAUGAGCGUACGUUGCGCUGGAUGGCGAUUGGGCGAUUGGGCACGUUGGGCACGUUGGAACAUACCCCGAUUUCGACGCAGGAGCGUGUCGAUGCCGAGCGGUACUAUCUCGCACAAACACCACAAGAUCAAGCCACGCUGCGUUAUCAGGCGCUGUGCAAAGUGCACGGCGCACCCGCCCAAGCCCAAGCACCGCCGACACUGCGUGUCAAGCUCGUCGAAAUCGGUGUUGUAUGCUCAGAUCACGUCCCCACUUCCGACGAAGGCGCGCAGUGGCUCGAUGCGGCACCGGUGCACGCAUCACUCCUGCGCACCAUGCCUUUGCGUCUUGCACGUCGCCGAAUCUGCACGGCUGCACAUAUACCCCCCACGGGCGAGCUGUACGCAGUGCUGCGCGCCGAAACGGAAGCGGUGGUCGUUCCGCUGGACGAUGAUGCAGGCACGUUGGAUGACUAUGGAGUACAAGAGAACGAUGUGAUUGUAGUGGUACGCUAG